ACGAAGGUCUGCCGAGGAGAGGAACUGGUCGAUCGGAUGGAGCGCUUCUACCGAGAAGUGAGCGCCGAGCUCUGCGGGGACUCGCAACAUCGGUUGCUCAAGAGUUUCGAGGUGGUCGGUGACUGCAGCCCGUUGGACGUAAUCAGGCAGUGCGCGACACAACCGCUUGACGUGUUCUUCAGAAACGGGAGCACAGCCACUGCUUGCAGCGCCUUAAAGGGAGAACUGGUGCGGUGCCUCUCGGAGCCUGCCAGUGUGUGCGGCCGUCCAGUAGAGCGGGCCGGGCUUGCCACUCGCUCAAUCGCCGCCUUCCUGCGUUGGUACGGGUGCCGGGACGCAGCCGAGGCGCAGCCCACAACGAGUCCUAGGCCGGUGGAUCCGUUCCUGGAGGAGUGUCCCUUCCAACUACACGAAAUGUGCAUGGCGCAGAGCAUGGACGUGGCGAGGGCCCUGCUCCUAUUUUACGGGCAGCCCCACCGGAAACUGAGCAAAUUCUACGAAGAGCUGUGCGGGGCAGAGCCAGCUCCGUGCCAGCCCCAGGACGGCCUGGACAAGUGCACACGCAAGCAGAGGGACACGAUGCACCGCUUCCACCUGGCCAUGGUGGCUGCGCAGCAAACCCUGUGCACCGCACCACCGGCGCUGCUGGCCAACCUGACGGCGACGAGCUCAUGCUGGGACGAGAAGAUGUUCCGCGAAUGCACCCUGGGCGACGCCAGCAAGCCUCUGGGUCGACACCUGCUGGGAGUCGCCAGGACGGACGAGCAGUGCAGACUUCUACGCUCCAGCUGGUCCGGAUGCCUGGAACGAAGCUACUCCCGCCUGCGCCGAUGCGAGGAGACGCCCGAUGUGCAGGGUGCGCGUGGCCUACUCUUGGACUUCCUCGACAGGUUACAGCCGUGCGCCGACGGCGCGAAAGCGCGGAAAUAAAUGUUCCCUCGAUUGUCCGCUGAACAACUCUCGUCUUGUGGAUCUGCUCACUGUUGGGA